ACAAUGCCGGGUGGGAGCGCGAAAACGCGUAGCCACAUUCCUAAUCCACGAAGAAGAAGCGUAUCCACGUUUCUCUUGUUUUAUUGGUUGUUGAUUAGUUUCUUCUGUUGUAAUUGCAUGUUUUUGACUUAUUUCGGGGCAAAAUCAUGGUGGAAAUUAUUUAAAGGUACCCAGCCACAAGCAUCAAUCAAAUGCAUUGCAAUGCUGCCCAGCUUGAGGCAGGUGUUCUGAAGUUUUUUUUUCUAUUUCAUGAGGCUGCGAAGUACGCUAGGUACCUAGUGAUUUGCAAUGUACAUAGCUGUGGAGGGCUGUGGCCAUGGAGAGCUAGAUGGCAUCUAUGCAGGCAUUCAGCAUGUGGAGAAGGCUCGCUCCAUCAAGGUGGACCUUCUCAUCAUUUGCGGUGACUUUCAAGCCACAAGAAAUCCAGACGACCUGCAGUGCAUGGCAGUUCCACCAAAGUAUUACACCAUGGGUACAUUUUACAAGUACUACAGCGGGGAGCUGCGGGCCCCUGUCCUCACCCUGGUGGUCGGCGGCAACCACGAGGCCUCCAACUACAUGCAGGCGCUGGCGCACGGCGGCUGGCUAGCGCCCAACAUCUACUUUGUCGGCUACGCCAGCGUGCUGCGCUUCGGCAGCCUGCGAAUCGGCGCUCUGUCGGGCAUCUACAACGGCCACGACUACCUGAAGGGCCACCACGAGCGGCCGCCCUACGACAGGAGCACCAUGCGCUCGGCCUACCACGUGCGGAACGUCGAUACCUACCGGCUCAAACAGCUGACGCCGGACAUGGAUAUUUUCAUAUCUCACGACUGGCCGCGCGGCGUCUACCACCACGGCGAUGUGAACCAGCUGCUCAGCAAGAAGCCCUUCUUCAGGGAGGAGGUGGAGUCCAACAAGCUGGGCUCGCGGCCGGCCGAGGAGCUGCUGCACCGGCUGCAGCCGCGCUUCUGGUUCUCCGCUCACCUGCACGUCAAGUUCUCGGCGCUGGUCGAGCACGGCCGCCAGGUGGGCGACCCGCCGCCCGCCGCCGCCGGCCCGGACGCCGCGGCCCCGCCGGCGACAGGCGGCGGCCGCACGACCCGGUUCCUGGCGCUGGACAAGUGUCUGCCGCGGCGGCGCUACAUGCAGAUCCUGGAGCUGGGCGACGGCGCGCCGGAGCUCAGCUACGACCUCGAGUGGCUGACGGUGCUGCGGCUGACGGACCACCUGACGAGCGUGUCGAGCGGCACGCAGUACAUGCCCGGCCCCGGCUGCGGCCAGAGGUUCGACUUCCGGCCGAGCGCCGAGGAGCUGGCCGAGACGCGCGCCAUCUGGGGCGAGCAGCUGCGCGUGCCGGCCGACUUUGCGGUGACGGCGCCGCCGUACGACGGCCGCUCGGACAUCCGUGCGGGUCGUCAGCCGGCGGCCGCCACCGACCCGCAGACCAGCCGCUUCUGCCGCCGACUGCGGGUCCGGGACCCGAUGGAGAUGCUGUGCGGCAGCGCGCCGCCGCCAGUCGCCGGGCCGAUGCCGCCGCCGCCGGCCGACCCCGCCCAGGCGGACAUCACGCUGGACGGCGACCUGACGCUGGACCCGGACGGGCCGGCCGCCGAUCCCGCCGAAAUCGGCAUCGACGACGACGACGUCGGGGAGGACGACAUGUUCGUCAUCGACCGCAAGGGGACGAGCACGCCGCGCGCGCCGCCGGCCGACUUCCUGAGCCUGAACCCGGCGCGCGGCCGGCCGGCCGUGCCCAUCUCGUUCCCGGAGAUCGCGGGGAAGGUCACAGCCACGCCGGCCAAAGACUCGCCGGACCUCAUGCCGGCCAAAGACUCGCCGGACCUCACGCCGGCCAAAGACUCUCCUGCCGUCACGCCGGCCAAGAAGUUCAAGCGCCGCAAUCAGGCGAUAUACGGAGCGGACGCGGACGGCUGAGAAGGCCGGAACGUCCGUCCGCCGCGCGGGACUCACCGGGUCUGGCCGUGCCGGCCGGCUGUGGACGGCUCGAAUCGAGCCCACUGCAGCCGCGGCGGAACCGCCUCCGACGGGCGGGACCGCGAGCCAAGUGAGAGAGACUGAGUGUGCUGGUUUAACUGGGAUCGGACUGCCGGGCCCCGCGGGAUGCCAUGGGCCGGUAGCCUGCCGGGGCCAGGAGGCGAUGUGGGGUGGUCGGCCCGGGCCGUGGUGGCCGGCCGGCGGCCGUCCGUCGGAGCUGCCCUCACACGUCGGCGGAGCCCCGGUCGUCUGGUACCUGAUCUCGGCGAGCACAAUGGCGCGGCGCUGCGGGCAGCCGGCGCGGCACAAUGCUGCGGCCGCCCGGUAGACUGCGGACGGUACAACACCGCUGCGCUCCAGACUGCGUGUCGACCGGGACCGCAGGGGGGGGGGGCGCCCCCCAGUACAACAGACUCGGUACAACACGCACCGAGUACAAAUUACCGUGCCGCCGCCGCUGCCGGCCGCGCGCUGUGACAGCCGCAUAUUUUCGGAUGGUGCAGCUCGGUAAGACGGACGCAGCCUUUGACAAUGUGAACUCUGAACUCGCACGAAGACACGUUAUGGAGCGGUGACACGACCGUUCCUGCUGUCCAACAGUGGCAAUACAGUCCAGCAGCUCAGUCUCCCGCCCCUCCUACUGCUGGGACUGAGCUGGUGCGCUCGAGGCUA